CUGCAGAGAUGGUGAAAAUCACACUAGUACUACUACUCUUUGGCCUGGCCCUGGCCAGUGCCCUCGAUCUGGGUCUAGACAAGGACAUCGAACUGGAUGCUAAGGAUUAUCAGAAGCUGAAUAAGCUGAGGCACUUGUCGGAGGCGUUUUUUACUCACUAUCAGAAUGUAACAUUAGAGGACUUGGUUCCCGAAGGACGUAUACCCACCGUUUCGGAUCUACUGUGCUAUGCGGAAUUCGCCCAGGUCACCGCAGGACUGGCCUCAGGCAGCCUCUGGUCCUAUAAUAUGAUCGACUCCUGGGGUUCCAUUCCGGCUGGAAUCCUGAAGGGGCACUUCAAGGACCUGGGCCACUACGACGAGUGCGUGGCCAUCGAACAAACCCUCACGUCGGGCUCGGUCCUGCUGGGCAAAUACUGCCUGGCCAAUCUGCCCCUGACAGAGCUGCUGGGAGGCGGUGGUGGCGGAGGAGGUGGCAUGAUGAGGAUGAACAUCCAGUCGGCCGUAUGCUUUCCCGCCUCCUGUUCUGCCACCAACAUGGACACACUCCUGCGACGAGUGCUCAAACAACUAGUCGGCUUGGAGCUGACCUCGACCCAGAGUUUGGUGAGCGAAAGCACCUGCAAAACUGCCGAGCGUGAGGACUACGAUGCCGUGACCAUUUUCACCAUCUCCCUUUUAUCUGUGUUUGGUGGAGUGGUUGCUUUGGCCACACUCUACGACUAUUUCCUGUGUGAGGAUCAAAAAAAACUGCCUGCUCUCCUGAAGGCUUUCUCCGCUCGUGCCAAUUCCCGAGCUCUGUUCACUGUGAGUACCAAACCCAAUCCCAAUGUGGUCGAGUGUCUGCAUGGACUCCGUGGAAUGUCCCUGAUUUGGGUGUGCUUUGGUCACAACUACAUUAUUGGUAUUACCUCUCCCAACAUCAACCUGUACGAUGUGUAUACUUGGGCCAAGACUCCUUUCGUGGAAAUUAUCCAAGAGGGCGUGUUUGCAGUGGACACCUUCUUCUUCAUUAGUGGACUUCUAGUUGCCAUGGUUGCUCUGCGUGCGAUGGAAAAGGCCAAGGGAAAGCUGAACAUUCCUCUGAUGUACCUCCAUCGCUAUCUUCGCCUCACGCCCGUCGUGGCGGUUUCUAUCUUGGUCUACUGGAAGAUACUGCCCCUCUUGGGCGACGGCCCGCUCUUCGGCAACUGGAACUUCGAUAACUACGACACCUGCGAAGAUAACUGGUAUUGGACCCUGCUCUACAUUCAGAACUACGCCACCAAGCAGGAAUGCUUGGCUCACACUUGGUACCUGGCCAUCGAUAUGCAGUUGUAUAUCCUUGGUCCUUUCCUGCUGCUCAUCGUCUACAAGUGGGGCAAGAAAGGUGCCGCUGUGGUUCUGCUCAUCACUCUGGGAUUCGCCGCCUACUUGUUCAGCAUCAUGGUGAUUGACGACUACUCUCUUUUAAAUGGCGGUGGCGGUGGAGGACCUGACGAAUACUCCGAGGAUCUGUCACACUACACCCACAACAGGACCUCUGGAUGGCUGGUUGGCUUCCUGUUCGGCUACUUCCUGCACUCGAUCCGCGGAAAGGAGAUCAAACUGAAUCGUCCUGCCGUCUGGCUGGGAUGGCUCACCAGCUUGGCCCUGCUGUUCACCUGCAUCUUUGCCAUGUACCCCUAUGGAACGGGCAAGGCCAAGACCAUUCCCAUCCUGAACGAGGCCUUCUACGUGUCGCUUUCUCGGAUUGCCUGGCCCCUCGGCUUGAGUUGGGUGGUCUUCGCCUGCAUGAAGGGAUACGGUGGACUGGCCAACUCCUUCCUCAGCUCGCCGCUUUGGCAGCCCCUGUCGAAGCUCUCCUUCUGCACCUACAUGGGGCAUCUGGUGAUCCAGAACCUCAAUGGUGGGCGCACGAGAGUGAACACCUACUUCUCAAACUACGAUAUUAUGCUGCGUUUCUGGCAGGACUUUGGUUUUUCGGUGCUGCUCGCCUAUGUCAUGUACAUCUUGAUCGAAGCUCCCUGCGGCGGAGUGGAGAGCCUCCUCCUGCCGAACCGGAGACCAGCUCCCCAGCCGAAAGUUCUGCCUGCUGAGGCCUCUCCAGAGGCCAACCCAUCUCCUGCUGAUCUAGAGAAGCAGGCUCCAGAACCAAUUGCUCCCUUCAAUGAAGCUACAUCGGCAUCUGCUCCUCCUCUGGACAGCAAGACUGAACUGCCAACGAACGAAGAAAAGUAAACCAAUGAUAUUAGAAGCUAUGUGUUUAUAGAGAUAAAUAUAG